GUAAAGGGAGGAAGAGUGUCGAGUUUCGUGCCAUGAACAGAUUCCAUUUCUGCAGAGGACAGCGUGCAGGGGACAUCCUUUGAGGCUUUCAAGCCACCUAGGAAGCAGGCUGGCUGCUGCACAGGCCUCUGCUGGCCUCCUUGCACAUGUCCUUGGUGGGUGAGGCACCCACGUGAGAUGGCUUCCGGCACUGCUGGCGUGAGUAGCCUUCCCGGCAAUGCCAGCUCCUGCCGUCCUCACCUCCUGGCCCCAGUGGCCUGCAUGACGCUCUCUGUUCUACACAGCCCUCCUGGUCUUCAGCGCCCUGGGAAACAUCCUUGCCCUUUGCCUUACCUGUCAAAAGGGCAGGAAGAUCAACUGCACAGGCGUCUACCUGGUGCACCUGGCUGUGUCUGACCUGCUGUUCACCGUGGCCUUACCGGGAAGGGUGGUGUGUUAUGUGCUGGGCUCCAGCUGGCCUUUCGGCAAGGGGCUCUGCAGGCUGACGGCGUUUGUGCUCUACAGCGACACCUAUGGGGGGUCUACCUCAUGGCCUGCGUGAGCGCGGACCAUUACCCAGCUGUGGUCUGUGCCCACUGGGGCCCGCGGCUCCGCACGGCUGGCCGCGCCAGGCUGGUCUGCAUGGCCAUCUGGACCUUGGUGCUGCUGCAGACGAUGCCCUUGCUCUUGAUGCCCAUGACCAAGCCGCUGGUGGGCAAGCUGGCCUGCAUGGAGUACAGCAGCAUGGAGCCAGUCCUCGGGCUGCCCCUCAUGGUCCUGGUGGCCUGUGCCAUUGGCUUCUGUGGGCCAGUGGGGAUCAUCCUGUCCUGCUAUAUGAAGAUCACCUGGAAGCUCUGCAGGAAAGCUGGGAGAACCCAGUGACCAGCGGGAAAGGACACCACUGGCGGGGCAGCCCAGGAGGACUCAGUGACCAGCGGGAAAGGACGCCACCGGCGGGGCAGCCCGGGAGGACCCAGUGACCAGCAGGAAAGGACGCCACCAGCGGGGCAGCCCAGGAGGACUCAGUGACCAGCGGGAAAGGACGCCACUGGUGAGGCUGCCUGCUUACGCUGCUGAUGCUGGUGGCCGUGGUGGUCUGCUUCAGCCCCUACCACCUCAACAUCAAGCAGUUCAUGGCGAGAGGGAUGCUCCACCUGCCAUCCUGCGCCGAGCGGAGGGCUUUCUAACUGUCCCUUCAGGCCACCGUGGCCCUCAUGAACAUGAACUGCGGCAUUACCCCAUCAUUUACUUCUUUGCAUCCACCCAUUACAGGAAAUGGCUCCUGGGCAUUUUAAAGCUCAAAGGGUCUUCCUCCUCCUCCUCCUCUGCCCCAGGAAAAGCUUCUUCAGAAACACCAAGUGUCACCCAGGCCAGAGGUUCUAGGUCCUUAGCGGAGCACGUGGUCUAACGUGUCCUUUGCUUUAUGACUGUAUCUAGGGAGGGGUCCAGCGUUGGGGUAUUGAAGUUGAUACAAUUUGGGCAAAAGGUUUUUUAAGGAAAAGAAUACAGAAUAAGAAAUACAAAAUUAGGCUGGGCGUGGUGGCUCACGCCUGUAAUCCCAGCACUUUGGGAGGCCGAGGUGGGCGGAUCACCUGAGGUCAGGAGUUCGAGAGCAGCCUGGCCAACAUGGUGAAACCCCAUCUCUACUAAAGUACAAAAAUUAGCCAGGUGUGAUGGUGGGCACCUGUAAUCCCAGCUACUCAGGAGGCUGAGGCAGCAGAAUCACUUGAACCCGGGAGGCAGAGGAUGCAGUGAGCCGAGAUCGCACCACUGCACUCCAGCCUGGGCAACAGAGCAAGACUCUGUCUCAAAAAGAAAGAAAGAAAGAAAGAAAUACAAAAUUAGAGACAGGGUCUUUGAAGGGACAGUGUAAGGAUGGAGCCCUGAAGUUUGGACUUCAGUAUCCUGACAAGCACAGCUCUAGUACCUCUUAGUAAAUGGUAGUGGAGUUCCUUCGCCCCUAAAGGGGUGUGCAGUGUUUUUUUCCAGGAAAAGUCUAUUUUCACGGUAAAUGCAGAAGAGCCUGAAAGAAGUGGCUGAGCACUGGAUCAGCAAUUUAGAGGACGCUUCCCAUUUGGGGGGUGAAAUGCUGUAAAGAGCAAGAACACUUCCCCUUCUCUUCCAAAGAAACUUCCCAAUUCUUAACAUUAACAUUUACUAAAAUGUCAAGGUUUUUCUGAAAAACUUGGAAAACACAGGGAGGAUGCACAGCCAGGCGCUGAGCUGAUGCCUCUGCAGAGGGUCGGGAGGGACUGUGCCAAGUGGGGAAGGGACUUCAUGUGCUUUUGUGUGGUGGUUUGGAUCUUGCGCAACGUGAAAGCAUUCAGGGAUGCACGUGUCAUUGGGAAGAACAGGGGGAAAGGAAACAGUCAGAAAAGCAGGCACUUUUUUUUUUCAUUUGUUUAGUGU